CCAAGCAACCAAGCCAGCCACAACCCAAACAAGCUCACAUGCCAAGGUCAGAGAAACGAAAGGUUCGUGAAAUUCAGUAUCAGAAGCGGCGAAUUCAUUGGAACAAAUGUGGAGUUCGGCAGGCUCCAGGAAUUUGUUUGUGGUCAGAUUUUCCCGUCCCGUGGAAACGCCAUCUCAUCGCUCCAGAUCAUAUCCGUCUCAUUUCGCUAUCCAGUGGAACCAAACAUCUGUCUAGCAUACGCGGUUCUGGGGGUUCUCCAGGUGCUCCAGAAUGACCAAAUAUUGGGUUGCCAAGAUCAGGAUUGGUGCAUAAUUCGAGUCUUGGGGCCCGUGGUUUGCGCCUCACAGUUGCGUGCUUCUUCUUGGGCGCUGAUUUGCGGAAGAUCUAUCUCCAAAGUUCCGUCAUGACUUCUCCGCAACACCACACGCCACACCGGCUACAGUAGCGACAGGGUGAACUCCCUAGCUUUCUUGCGGGCUCUUCACGCUUUUGGUCCUAGUAGAUCCGGGGGUACGGUAUCCUGGCAUUCUAGCAAGUCUAGCAUUGGCUGCUGGCCCUGUUAUCUCGGCCAGAAGCAAGGGGAGCUACCCCAGUCGACUCAGUCAACUCUAGGUACGGUAGGUAUGGGAAAGUUGGGGUAUUGCACGUGAAGGUUGCUUUCCCGUGUUGAGAUAAAGAGGACUGCUUUCCCCAGAUUGAUCCUGCUUUUCCCUCCUCAUCGGACCUGGGAUCUUGCAUUGAAAGACCACAGCCCGUCUUCUCCUCGCCUCCAAUCGUCAAAUCCGCAGCUCGUUCGGAAGAGUCGAAGACUCUGGUUCAGUCAAGAUGGUUCACAAGACUAGACUUUACAACUGGUAUGCGGCGUUGGUGGCUGCAGGAUGUAUGGUCUUAUACGGCUACGAUGCAGCAGUGUUUAACGCUGUGCAAGCAAAUAAGCUUUGGCUUGCUUGGAUGAACUUCGAUGUCAAGAGUCCGAAUUCUAACUUGCUUGGUCUGAUCAACACGUCGUACUCAAUUGGAGCAAUUGUGUCUGGAUGGUUUAUGGCUGGUCCUAUCGCCGACUGGCUUGGACGUAGAGCAGGAAUGGGAAUCGGAUGCUUCAUCACCAUCAUCGCUACCGUCAUUCAAACCUUCACCCCUCACCACAAGCUCGGUGUCUUUAUCUUUGGACGGGUCCUGAUCGGUAUUGGCCAGGGUAUAGCUCUGACCGCAGGUCCUGUCUAUAUUGGAGAGAUCACACCUCCUGAGAUCCGUGGAAAGGUCAUGUCCUUCUGGCAGUUGUUCUACUCGGUCGGCUCUUUCAUUGCUUACUGGGUUAAUUAUGCUUGCGGAAAGCAUAAGGUAGCCUUGGGAGAAUGGAGCUGGAAGAUGGUUGUUAUCUUCCAGAUGCUCGUACCCAUCAUCAUCAUCUGCCAACUUCCAUUCAUGCCAGAGACCCCUCGUUGGUACAUCAGACAUGGGGAUCGCAUUGAGGACGCUCGUCGAUCGCUUGCCCGAGUCCGAGAUACCGAGCAAGAAGUUGAGGACGAGAUUCUCGCCAUUCGAGAGGCCAUCACCUUCGAGAAGGAAGUCAUCUCUAACUCAUACUUCGCACUCUUCAAGGAUGCCUCCGUUCGCAAGCGACUCAUGCUAGCGUUCGUUAUCAACAUUGGACAGCAACUUUCUGGACAAGGUACUCUCAACUCGUACAGUUCUACCAUCUAUAAGAAGGUUUGGACCUCACUUGACAAGAUCAAUCUUAUCAACGCACUGAACGCCACCAUGGGUAUAAUCUUCACCCUUAACGCAACCUGGACAGUCGACAGAUUUGGUAGAAAGUUCUUGCUUAUCGUCGGAGCUAUUGGUAUGGCUUGCUGCAUGCUGAUCGUCCCACUCAUUGGUAUGGAGACACCAAAUACCCCACAGGGUGGAAAGACGGAGCCAGUUGGAACUGCUAUUGUUGCAAUGCUGUUCUUGUUCAUCUUCUUCUACAAGCCUUCAUGGGGUGCUACUGUUUGGAUUUGGACUUCAGAGGUCUUCUCCAUGAACGUUCGUGUCCAGGCUGUCGGAAUGUGUACCCAAAUGCAAAAUGUGGCUCAAUGCAUCUUCAACCAGUUCUUCCCCACUUUCUACAAGAAUUGCGGACUGAAAUCAUUCUUCUUUUUCAUGACAACGAACAUCUGCCUGGCCAUUUUUGUUUGGUUCAUGAUUCCAGAAACCAAGGGCACUUCAUUGGAAGAGAUCGACGUUCUCUUCGGUGGCGCAAAUCACACAGAGAAAGGAGCAGAUCUUUUGCACGUCGAAGAUGCUCACCACGCUCAUAUCGGUGUUGACAACGUCCACCACGACGAUACUAUCGAGACUAUUGAAGCACACCCUGCUUCCAAGGAGAUCAAGAUUUGAAGUGAAGAGUGCAGGACCCAUGUGUCAGAAAGAGCCAAAGGAACACAGAUUUGAAUCGUCAACCGGCAGGCAUGGUGCCUGAAGCAUCAUAAUCUUCGGAUAUAUGUAGUGUAAUUGAAUAUAUGUCAACCUGUACUCUGCAGAUUGAUAGGUGAACACUGUAUGGAAAUGAGCACCUGAAUUUUGAGAAUCCCAACGGCGAGUUGGCACGUCGUCUAAUCUCCGCACCAGAUCCUCUGCCUUCUCCCCCGUACGUAUUGUAAAAUUUGCUCACAUGGCGCCCAUUUUCGGCUAUAACCCCGAACUGAGAGAUGCAGCUGAGAGUCACCGGUUGCCCCAGCCACCUCUUCAUCCAUUGCAAGGCGUACAUCUCAAAAGCUCGCUCGAGCGCAGUGUUUCCAAUCUGCCUCUCAAACACUAUCAUCCAAUCAUCCUGUAUCCUCUGUUUUGUGAGCAUACUGUCGUGACUUUCAAAGACCUGGCUGUGGUUGGGGAAAGCUUCCAGCCUCUGUCCUGGGCGAAAGCUUCUCUGUUCAACCCGCACCACGCUACUCGGCAGCCCUGAUCCGACCCCCAAUCCCAUUGCUCGACUUACUGUUGAAGCAUCAUCAACCCCGUUUUGGGCUAUCCCAACGCGGAGUCUGAUCUGCUAAUUGGCUGCCAACUGUAGGGGACGUGUGCCUCUUGCUGGAAUCCCC